CUAUUUUGGCAUUCAUCGACUCCCUCAUCGAAUGGACUCAAUUGAGUUGAAAUGAACUCUAAAUUUUCUCCUCGUCUCUCUUAGCAUUAUCUGAAGUUUCUCCAAAUUUUUCUCCAACGCCGGUAUAUACACGCCAAGAAAUCAUUGAAAACUUGAACCCAACGUUUAAAUUUUCUUCCCCAAUAAAUACGCCCAAAGACCUUCUUAACUUUUUACUUUUUCGCAUGCCCUUCAACUCCCGCGGUGUCCUCUCUCUAUCUCUCUUUAUAUAUAUAACCCUCAAAGCUUCACAUCUAUUACUCUUAAAAUAUGGCUUUUUCAACUCUUCACAUAGCAGAUGCAUACUCUGCCAUAGUUAUUUUGGCCCUUAUGUUAUUAUGCUUAAUGAGAGAGAACUCUCUCACAGAUUUUGAAUUGACUGAGGUGAGAGGAAACCAGCUCAAAGACAGGCCAUGCGAGGAAAUCUAUGUUGUCCGAGAAGGCGAAACACUUCACACCAUAAGUGACAAGUGCGAGGAUCCCUUCAUCGUCGAGCAGAAUCCUCACAUACAUGAUCCCGAUGAUGUUUUUCCAGGACUUGUAAUAAAAAUCACUCCUAAACCUCGAAAGUAUAGACAGGCCGGGGUGAUAUACUAAUCUAAAUCUUAGCUUGAUCAUACUUUUAUUUAUGUACAAUAGGUAGGACGUACUGAGUUCAUGAUUCUGAAUAUAUGGAACAAAGAGUUAUCGAUG